AUUUCGUUGCAUAUCGGAAGAACUUGAUCAUUAUCCUGUAGCCAUGUCGUUCCAGAAUUUCGAUACUUUUCAGAAUCAGCACGGCGCUGCCGAGUCGCCUGCCAAUCCUGCGGGUCCUGCUCCUCCUGCCGACCAAACCAUGACGGGUCAGCCGGAUGCUACUGCUCCUGGUUUCCAAGGCCCUGCUCCAGGUGAAGCUUCCGCUGCGCCCGGUGGACAGCAAUCUGGUGAAGGCAAGACCACUCUCUGGAUGGGUGAGCUUGAGCCAUGGAUUGAUGAGAACUUCAUCCGCAAUAUCUGGUAUCAGAUGGGCGAACAGGUUAACGUGAAGAUGAUUCGUGACAAGUUCUCUGGGAGCAACGCCGGAUACUGUUUCGUCGAUUUCGCGACCCCUGCGGCAGCUGCUAAGGCUUUGUCGGUUAACGGAACUCCUAUGCCCAACACCAAUCGCCCAUUCAAGCUCAACUGGGCCACCGGUGGUGGUUUGUCCGACAGGUCUCGUGAGGAUCGCACCCCCGAAUAUUCCAUCUUCGUCGGUGAUCUUGGUCCCGAGGUUAACGAAUACGUCUUGGUUUCCCUUUUCCAAAGUCGCUUCCCAUCUUGCAAGUCCGCUAAGAUUAUGACCGACCCAAUCAGCGGCAUGUCUCGCGGUUAUGGAUUUGUUAGAUUCUCCGACGAGACCGAUCAGCAGCGUGCUCUUACUGAAAUGCAGGGUGUGUACUGUGGCAACCGUCCCAUGCGCAUCUCCACUGCGACUCCCAAGAAUAAGGGUCCUUCUGGUGCUCCUGGCCAGAUGGGUAUGCCCGGUGCCCCUCCCGCUGGCAUGUAUCCACCUGCGAUGGGAGGUCCACCGAUGGGCUACUAUGGCGCUCCGCAGCCGAUGAAUCAGUUCACUGAUCCUAACAACACCACUGUCUUCGUUGGCGGUUUGUCUGGCUAUGUCACUGAAGACGAACUUCGCUCCUUCUUCCAAGGCUUCGGAGAGAUCACCUACGUCAAGAUUCCCCCAGGCAAGGGUUGCGGCUUCGUACAGUUCGUUCAACGUCAUGCUGCAGAGAUGGCCAUCAACCAGAUGCAAGGCUACCCGAUUGGCAACUCCCGUGUCAGACUUAGCUGGGGUCGGUCUCAGAACAACUCCGGGCCAGCUGGCACACCCUAUCGCCCUGCACCACCCCCACCCAUCUAUCCAUCCAUGGGCAUGCCGCCAUCCCACCAAUACGGUGGCGGGUUUGCGCCAAUGAAGUGAGAGCGUUUCGUCUUCGUUUAAGCACCAGCAGGAGUUCUGCGUCUCUUUGAAAGAUGGGUCCAUGUGUCAACAUUUAGUUUAAGGUCUUUCUUCAAUUUUAACAAGGCUCUGCUUUACGGCUCUUGAUGGGCGUUUUUCUCCUGUGCUUGGCACUUAAUGUACUCGUGAAACGUUUCUUUGCGGAUUCAGCCUUUGCCUCUUUUUUCCCUUCACUAUUCUUGAAGUGUUUUCCCAGUUUGCAAUUCCUACUAUUAUUUUCUUCUUUACCCUUUCAAAUUGAUUCAGCACUGUCAUGCCUCCUAGUUGUGUUGCUUCGUUUUCCCAGGAUUCUGGAAUGCGACAUGUCCAAUUUAUUUAAGCUUCGGUACUACUCCUAUUCCAAUUCUCUCGGUCGCACCCUUGGGUUGGCAGUCUGCAAAAAGUUUUCUUCAUUUCUCAUGUCACGGAACAGCCAAAAUUGAAAUGUUUUUCUGCUUUGCUCCGCCCAAGAUUGUCUAUUUCCCCCCCAGCUUUCUUGCUAAACUGUUACGUGUACAACACCGUCAGCCAUUAUGUUUUCACUUUUUCUGACUUUCGUCAACAAUGGCCCGUUUUCCAGUCGCCUUUUUUUUUCUUCCCUACGAAUGUGAUGCUCUCGCUGUGUACGCUGUUACCACGCAAGCUUUGACGCUCGGUUCCCUUUGUUUCGUAAACUGAUCUGACGCUCGUUUUAACAUCUUUACUUUUUUUUUUCUCUUCUUUGGCCGCCUCCAAACGGUGCGUCCUUUUUUCUCAUAUGAGUAUGUGACUUUAGGCUUCUAGCCCAGCGCGGUUCUUCAUACAUCCUUUGUCUGCUACUUCCAAUGGACUUCUUCCUUUUCUUUUCUUAACUGGAUUUGGUACUUUGAAGCGGCAUCGUAUCUCAUGGAGUUCUCCAACUGCAGCUUUCCUUUUCUGAAAAUUGGUGAGGUGAUAUUCCCCCCUCCCCAAUUUGGUGGUUGAAUUGUAUUCUGCAGUCUGCGCAGCGGCUCAUUCGAACCCUUUUCCUAUGGUACUCGACUAUUAUCUGCCAUUUUCUUUGUAGCGUCUCAUGGAUUUGGCUGCUUAAUUUUUAUUUUAUUUUAUUUUAUUUUUUUUUCGGUUCGAUAUAAUGAGCUUGUACGAUAUUGCGGACGACCUUGAGUAUGGCGAUACCGGAUUAGGUACGGACUAGCCACUGAAGAUUC